AUGUGGACUCUACGUCAUCCAAGUGGACGAUUGAUCCAUUUACUACCAGAUACUACAACAACAAUUGGAAGAAAGUCCUGUGAUCUAAUAUUAGAUGAUCCAUCAGUGAGUCAUUUACAUGCAAAAAUAUUCAUAAAACCUAACAAUUCUAAUGAUUAUACCAAUAAUAAUGAAUAUUCUUCAAAAUGUAUUAUAAGCAAUGCAUCUAAAAAACGUACUAAAAUAAUUAAUGAAAAUACUAUUUAUUUAUUACCAUUUACAAAUCAUGAAUUACAACCUAAUGAUAAAAUUCAUUUUAGUUCAAAGAAUGAAUGGGUUGUAAGUUAUAAGAAAAUCUCUUUAUUAACAUGUGGAGAUUGUAUAGAUCAAAUAAAGAAUUUAAAUAAAAUUAUCACAAGUAUUGGAGGCCAAGUAUUUACCGAGUGGAAUGAAGAAUGCAAUUUUUAUACUUCAAUAUGUAAACGAGUCACACCAAAAUUUGUAACUGCUUUGGCUGCUGGACUACCAUUUGUUACAAUAAAAUAUUGGGAAGACUUUUACAAAUGUUGUAAAACCAGGAAAGAAUUUCCAAAUCCUUCUCAAUACAUUCCUGAAGAUUGGAAUUACACUGAUGAAUUAAGAAACGUAUCAUUACAUCCAGACAUUGCAAGGAAAACUUUAUUUGAUAAUAUGGAGUUUAUAUUUUUUAGUCAAUACCAAAUUAAUCUCUAUGGAGAAAUAAUUCAACUUGCUGGAGGUAGACCAUUGAUGUGUGCUAAAUAUGGAUUUAAAGAUAAAUAUCUUCUUGCAGAAAAUACUAUUAUUAUUGCAUGUGAUGACAAUCAAAGAACAUCGAAUACCUGUUGUGGCCUUAGUGAAUCACAUUAUCAAAAUAUUUGCCGUUUAUUAGUCAAAGAAAAGCGUAAAAUGGCUAAUGAAAUUGAAAUUGUUAAAGCAAUUCUACUUUGUUCGACAGAAAAAUAUUGUAAAACUAGUCUUUCUAAAUUAAAAAAUUUGAGACAGCCAAAACAAGUAAUAAAAACACCUCAAGUUCAAGUCAUUAAAGAGGAAAAUAUUAUUAAACCAGAUAUUCUUGAUGACAAUCAACAACACACGGAAGUUUCUGAGAAACAUGCUGAAAAAAGUCCAACUACACAUGUGAGUGAAAAUAAAAUAAAUCAAAAAGAGUUUGCAACACCUGCUCCUUUGAUUCCUCAAUUUUCUGAAGCAAUAGUGAAGCUUCAAAAGUUAACACCAAAAUUAUUAUCUCAAUUAAAACAUUCCAAUAAAUCUGAUGUCAAUGAGGUAUCAACAAAACGUAAACGAAGAAGUGAUUCACCAAGUGUAUCUAGCACUAGAGAUUCAUCACCGGAUAUGUUUCCAUCUGAAGAUAAUUGUCCAAUAGCAUCCGAUUCACAAAGAAAACCUAUCUCUGAUGACGACAUUGCAAAUAUACUGAUGAUUAAAUCUGGAGGAGAUAAUCGAUCUGAUUGUGAGAUAGUUAAUUCUCAGUCUAACAGACAAUCACCAAUUAUAUCAAUCCCUGAUAAAGAAGAUAAUGCUAUCGUAAAUAAUAAUGAAGAAGUAUCUGGUAUAAGUGAAGAAAAUCAACCAACUAUCAAAGAGAAAACACCUGCGGAAUCUAUUUCGAUAACAGAUAAAAGUGAUCUUUGGGAAUCAUAUGAUUCAAAGAAAGAAAGAACUAAUAAUAAAAAUUUACCAGUUCGAAAAAUAACAACAGUUAAUCCUUCAACAAAAUUUACAUCAUUUUUUGAAUGUUGUCGAGCUAGAUAUGCAUCCAGACGUAGGAAAGAACUAAACUCAAGACAUCCUAUAGAGGAUAUGAAGAUUAGAAAAACGAAAGCGGUGAUAAAUUCAUUCCUUGAUGCAGAAAAUCAAAGACAAAUCACACAGUUAAAUAAAACUUUAUUUUCAAUUAAACGUAGAUCAAAUACUGCGUUAUUAUUUUUAUACCGUACUUAA